UUCAGACUGCAUUCCUGGUAAAACAGGCGAACUGUGCACUGCCAACUGUUCUUCUAACUGUGUGACAUGUAACCAGACAUCCGAACAAUGUUUUGACUGUGUUAAUGGAAAAUUCGGGGACAUGUGUGCUCGAGAUUGUUCUGACAACUGUAAAGACAAAUCAUGCAUGAAUAACAAUGGAUAUUGUCUAGAAUGCACUCCUGGAAAGUACGGCCCGUUUUGUACAUUCGAUUGCCUGGGUAAAUGCAAAGACAACAUUUGUCAACAAAUCGAUGGACUAUGCACAGGAUGUAAAGAUGGAUAUUUCACCGACCACUGUGAUAGGAGAUGUCCGUCCUCCUGUACGACAGAUGUAUGUGACAUGAUUACAGGGUACUGUACGGCCCCUGUACAACCUACACAACCAGGCAGUUUUAAUAUAGCUGCAGCCGGAAUAGGGAUCACAUCAGGAUUGGUCAUUCUGACUCUGGUCGUAUUGGUCAUCAUAUUGGUCAGACGUCUCUCAAGAUACAAACGCGACAAUAUGAAUUUAACUCAUAUGAAAGAUUUGUCUCAGUCUGUGAGGCGAGAAGAUUUACAGAAAAACACAGAAGGCACAUACGACGAAAUAGGAUCCCAUACCAAGACACAACCUACCGAGACGAACAGAACCGAUACAAAUUAUGAACAACUGAACGCGUUGGAGAGAGAACCCUCACAUGUUUAUGAGACUGCCUAGACGGUUGUUUAACAAAUGAGGGAACAAAAGGUCAACAGAUUAUAAAUGGCGACUCAAAUUAUAUACCUAUCAGUCUAGAAAUAAAUACUGUCAAAUCCGAAAACGAAGCUACACAUUCCGAUUAUAUAUUAGUGCACAGAUCACCACAUUUAUCAAAAAUGUGACUGCACAUUAAAUGUUACGUCACAAUUUUUACUGGCGUUUUACCUGGGCCUGUAUUCAUGAAACCCUUCUCAUGCUGAAGCAUGUUUUUUUGCGCACAGGCUUAAUUUCUUGUUCUUGUUAUAACUUAAUAAAUACGUCUUUUUUUGUCAAUGAUUUGGACAAAAACUGCAGACACGUUUACAUUUCAUCUUUUUAGCGUUUGACAUGAUCUAAGCAAGUAAAAAAAGUUUGUUUGAGCACAGAAUCCAUGCUUGAGCAUAAGAACGGUUUCAUGAAUACGAGCCCUGAUGUUUUCAUGUUUUAUGUAUGAAAAGGAAAAUUAAUACCGUUUGUCGUGAUAGAUCAACCAGUGCAUAUAACGCACUGUCACGAUCACUAAUAAUGUUUUGUUAAUCUUUUACCCAAUUUUACUGAUAAAAGUGAAUCAUUCGAUUAUUAUUUUACUGGGACGGAAUUUGGUAAUCCGUCUACGGUUUUUAUUUAGGGAUCGACAGGUAGCCAUGCAUAGCCACAAUUAGCUUUAUUCAAUCGCUAUUGAGAAUUUGUAAGCAAGCACAAACUACAGAAUGUGGUGAGUUUUUAUAUGUGUUAUAUAUAGGAUAUUAAAUGAGUUUUUUCAUUUCAUAUGAGAUUUUAUGAAACGA